CGCGGGGCGGGGCGGGGCGAACCCUGUCCGGCGGAAGGGGCGGGGCGGGACCGCACUUCCGUGGCCUCGGGCGGGGAGUCACAAAUCACAUUGAGCCAAAAAAACAAUCCAGUGUUUUCUGCCGUUACAAACAGAAUGAAUAUUCCCAUGCUACUGCAACAUUCUCACCGGAGUUUCCUAAAAGGCCUUUUAAGAACACCUUUCCGUCGUUACUGCUUCAUCUUUCACUCAAGUACUCAUCUCGGAUCAGGAGUCCCUUGUGCUCGGCCGUUUAAUUCUCUUGGACUCCAUUGUACAAAAUGGAUGCUGCUGUCAAAUGGUUUAAAGAGAAAAUUAUGUGUACAAACAACCUUAAAGGAACAAACAGAAGAAUUUUCUGAUAAAGAACAAAGAUUUGUGGAUAAACUUUAUACCGGUUUAAUCCAAGGGCACAGAGCCUGCUUAGCAGAGGCCAUAACUCUCAUAGAAUCAACCCACAAGAGGAAAAAAGAGUUAGCCCAGGUGCUUCUUCAGAAAGUAUUAGUCUACCACAGGGAACAAGAACAAAUAAAUAAGGGAAAACCACUAGCAUUUCGAGUGGGAUUGUCUGGGCCCCCUGGUGCUGGAAAAUCAACCUUUAUAGAGUAUUUUGGAAAAAUGCUUACUGAGAGAGGGCACAAAUUAUCUGUGCUAGCUGUGGACCCUUCUUCUUGUACUAGUGGUGGAUCACUCUUAGGUGAUAAAACCCGAAUGACUGAGUUAUCAAGAGAUAUGAAUGCAUACAUCAGGCCGUCUCCUACCAGUGGUACUCUAGGAGGCGUGACAAGGACCACAAAUGAAGCUAUUCUGUUGUGUGAAGGAGGGGGAUAUGACAUCAUUCUUAUUGAAACCGUAGGCGUGGGCCAGUCCGAGUUUGCCGUUGCGGAUAUGGUUGACAUGUUUGUUUUACUGUUGCCACCAGCAGGAGGAGAUGAAUUGCAGGGUAUCAAGAGAGGUAUAAUUGAGAUGGCGGACCUGGUGGCCAUCACGAAAUCUGACGGAGACCUGAUUGUGCCGGCUCGAAGGAUACAGGCAGAGUACGUGAGCGCCCUGAAGUUACUCCGCAAGCGCUCCGAAGUCUGGAGACCCAAGGUAAUUCGUAUCUCCGCCAGAAGUGGAGAGGGCAUCAGUGAAAUGUGGGAUAAAAUGAGAGAGUUCCAGGACCUCAUGCUCACCAGUGGGGAGCUGACAGCCAAGCGGCAGAGGCAGCAGAAAGUUUGGAUGUGGAAUCUCAUUCAGGAAAGCGUGUUAGAACAUUUCAGGACCCAUCCCACCAUCCGGGAACAGAUCCCCGUUAUGGAAAAAAAGGUUCUCAGUGGGGCCAUGUCCCCAGGACUAGCAGCAGACGUGUUGUUGAAAACUUUUAAAAGCAGAGACUAAGGAAAUUUAUCAUGUGCAAUGAUUUUAUCUAUCAUUUCAUAAAGUAUUUUAAUAUUAAAAGUCACUUGAAUGCUUAUAUUUUCAGUAAUUCUUUUGUGGUGCCCUUGGCCUCAUUUGUGAACCGUGCUUGAAAAGUAUGAUAUAGCUGGCAAAGGUCAGGCCCUUGGCAGUAUUUAUAAGGUACCUGUUACAUGUUACUGAUUUCCAUUUCUUUCUCUUCUUACACCCUGGCAUGGUAGGUGGCAGGGGGGUUCCUUCUCAUCAGUCACAGGCAGAGAAAACUGAAAGAACAGAAAAGGCUCAUGUGCCUUAAAAUGUUUUCUUUGAUACUGUAUUCUCUGCGUUUCCAGAGAAAAUGUAAGUAAGAGUUCUUCAGACCAGAAUCCUACACAAUGGGCUUAAGAGCUAAAAAUCACGACUGAUAUUUAGUGUCCAGACUAUUCUAGGGAUUUCUGAAAUGGCCAUGUAAUGUACAUGAGUAAGCAAACAAGUGGAAUGUAUAGUGAUGUGAACACAGUUUUAAAGUCUACUUGUCUAGACUUGUGGACCCCCCAUGAUAGGAAAGCCCAAAGGGAGCUGGGGGAAAUCAGCUACAAAUAAUAUGGCCCAUUAAUCCCCAAAAGUUGAAGUAUACCCUCAAAAGACCCAAGUGAGGUCACAAUGAUUUAAGGGGUAUUCAGUUUGAAUAUUAUCAGAGGCUUUUGCUUCUUUUCCUCCUUGGUCAUUUGACUUCGUAUUAGCAUCUUAAACAUCUGCCCUACUCCUAAUGAGGAGGAGCAAGUUUUCUCCAGAGGAAGCAUGGCACAGGGGUUGGGUUCUGGGGUUGAACUCUGUGGGUUUAAACUUUAAACAUUGAUCAGUCACUCAUUAGCUGUUUAAGUUUGGACAAAUAACCUACCUCUGUUUCAGUUUCUUCCCUGCUAAAAGGGAACUGACAUGUCAACUUUAUAGGGCUGAUGAGGAUAAAUGAGAUAACUCAGGAGAAUCAUUUUGCUACCAUGGUGGUAUAUAGGAAACACCCUGAAGCUGCUUGCUGUUAUUAUUAUGUUAGUUAUAAAUACCUGAAGCUGUACAAGUCUUAUAUGUAAGUUGAAUUUUCUGUCAUGGUCUUAUUACUGCCAUCAUGCUCUUGUGCUAUUUUAUGAUUGUCUUUAAAGUACCGGCUGUAGUUAAUUCUUUGAAUAUAUUUUAUACUGUUUGAUGGUGGUUAUAAGUGUGUACAUUUGAAUAAAAUUAUCUCUAACCAUGAAA